GCUGUGAGCAUGUUGAGCCUAAAGGAUAAACUGAACUAUCUGAUGACAUUUUGCUGCUUUAUGUUUGUCUCUAUCCAUGGAAGAAGUAAAGACUUACGUGCUUCAUGUGAUGUUGGAAUUAUGAUCCAACGAGGCAAAACUUGGAGAACUGUCCCCCAGCAAAAUCUGACGGUCAGCUGUCCCGUCAAACACUGUGGAGAAUCACUGAAGAUCACCUGGUGUAAAAUACUCAGCCCAAGCACCUGUGAAAGGAUCAGUGAAAUGGAAAAUGUGGAAAUAACACAGAAUCAUGUUGGAGAUGAGCUGAUCUCAUAUUUAAGUUUCAAGCAGGUUUCCAUUCAUGAUGAUGGCCUGUACAGAUGUAGUGUAGUAAAAGGACACGGUGAGAGAAUAAUCAGCCAUGCCAUCAACAUCUCAGUAUCAGACCUACACCAGUGGGCUGAAAACUCUAAUAAUAAUGAUGGAAAAACAGGCGAGCUGUUGGCAGCUGCUGACAACAAGACUGUUGUCUGGAAGCCCUACCUCUUCAUCGGUGUGGGCAUACCAUUUCUGAUUCUCACCCUGACUGCGAUGACCCUGCUGAGUUUUUAUGACUGGAAACGAGUGCCCACCUUCAACUACGUAAAGGGAGAGGAAAUACCCACUCAUAUGAUACCAGACCUCCCUAAGUGGAGCCCUCCUUCCACUCCUGUCCUAUCAACCCACUUGUCUAUUCUGAAUGACAUCCACUCUCCACGUACCACUGAAAGAUCAAAAUCACCAGCUUCCCAGCCGUGUGAAAGCCAGCCUUCUGCUUCAAAGCCAGUGGUCAAAACUGAAGUCUGUGCAGUGUAUGCUGUCAUCAACCAUAGACAGUCUAGCCAGCCUGCUGGAAAACAGCACACCGUGACUCACCAAGUAAAAAACCCAGUGUAUGCUACCAUCAAUGUUUCCUGAGCAUUUUCAAUUUGAAAUGGACACUUGCAGGUGAAAUGGUGGAAAAAAUAUAUACCAACAUGUGGUGGAA